AUGGUAGCCUACAACGUUGUGUUUGCGGGAGAAACUGGAGUCGGGAAGAGUUCCCUCAUCAACCUUCUCUUCGAUCUGGAAGUUUCCCCGACGUCCAACGACAUUCUGGGAGUCACAGACGGAAGAAAACGAUUUAUCGCCAUUCAGGAUUCGGACGUCUAUCGCCUAUGGGAUACUCCCGGUUUUAACGAAGGGACUCAGGGGAAUGUCUUAACACACCAAGCCACGAAAGAACUAGAAUCUCUCUUCAAGGAGUUAGAGUCGGCGGAUGGAGUCCAUCUCCUUGUAUUCUGUUUCCGGUUCACCAAGUUUUUCACAACUGGCCUCCAAAGAGUAUACGAGUCUGUCGUUGCUUCUAUACAUGGUAGUCAAGUGCCCAUCGUUGCAGCAGUAACACAUGCAGACGAGAUGAGGCAGAUUCCGGAAAAUUGGUGGAAUGGGACCGAGCCGCAGCGCAAACAAAAAGGGUUAUUAUUUGUAGAUUAUGCCUGCGUGUCUACUUUGGAGGACGAGGACUAUCCUCCGACACUGGGAAGACGGGCAAAGGCGAAGAAUGACAUGUGGCGGUUGAUCAAAGGACAUGCUGAACCCUUGCUGCUGUCCAGCUCCCUUCCCAAGGAGGUCAACGUGAUCCUCUUCGGACAAACAGGGGUCGGGAAGAGUUCGGUCGUGAACUUGAUCGCUGGUCGGCCUGUUGCCGAAGUUAGCCCGGACGCGGAAGGCUGCACCAUGAGCUCUACAGAAUACCGGUUCGUAGUGGGAGCACACGAUUUCCGCAUCUGGGACACGGUCGGUCUCGAAGAGCCUGCAGUCGGAAUGAACGCAUAUUUCGAAGCCAUAUUGAAAGCGCUGCAGCUGAUCCGUCGAGUGGCAGCUGCUGGCGGGGUCAACCUUCUCCUGUUCUGUAUGCCAGGUCGAAGGGUCACAAAGACUGCCCAAAGCAAUUACAGGCUAUUUUACGAGAUGCUUUGCGAGAGUAAAGUUCCCAUUGGCCUUGAUAUGGAAGACUGGUGGAUGCGGAACAAGAGAGCUCUUCACGACCACGGCAUCAAGAGUGUCGGACACGCUUGCGUAACUGGGCUGCCGUAUCAUCCGGUGAAAUACGCACUGUCCAGAGCUGCGAUAUACGGCUUGCUGACGGACUGCGAUCGCUUUGGGAAAUACAUCAUGCCGACUGAUGAUUGGUUCGGGAAGGUGGCGAAGAAUAUGAAAUCGCUUAUCGUUGGAGCGGGUCUACCAAAGGGCGAGAGGCUGACCCAGGCAUUGGUAACGCGCUGUGGCUUGAAGGAGGAUGAUGCUAGACGAUUGAGAAGGUACCUCGAGGAGUCUGAAGGACACGUUCUUUGA